AUGUGAAAUAAUUAUUAAAAUUUAAGGAGUCACCUGUUUUUCACAUUACAAAUCGCGGGCGAUUUUACGUACCCAAAACGAUAGAUUACCAGCUUUUCUUACUAGAUCUAGAUCUAAAUCUAGAAUUUACCCAAAUUUCAAAUUAAACAAUAAACAUGACUACUGAAUGAUAGACAUCCAUACUACUUAAAGUUGACGUGAGCGACAUGGUUUUUUAGUUAUUUAUAGCUUCUAAAUUGGUUCAUAUCUAAGAAGCUGUCCAGCAUGGAGGUGGAAACAGAUGUGUUAGCUGCAGUUUCAUCUACUGUAGAUAUACAGUCAAAUGAAUUAACAGAGAUUUCAUCUUCUGAAGAUUUGAAACCAGAUCUAUCGGCCAUAUUUUCAUCUUCUGCUGGCAUCAAAACAGAAUUAUUGUCAUUUUACAAUUCUCAGAAUAUAAAACCUGACAUGACAUUUAAUACCACUCAAGAUGUUAAACCUGAUGUUACACCAGACUUUUCUUCUUCUGCUGACAUCAAAACAGAAAUAUUGACAUUUAUUAAUUUCCAGGAUAUAAAACCUAACAUGUCAUUUAAAACUUCUCAAGAUGUUAAACCUGAUGUUAAUUCAGAAUUUUCUUCUUCUAAUGACAUAAAACCAGAAUUAUCAUUUUUUAAUGUUCAGGAUAUAAAACCUAACAUGUUUUUUAAUACUUCUCAAGAUGUAAAACCUGAAAUUAUAUGUUCAAUUGAAAAUAAUAAUAAGAAACCAGCUGCAUCAGCAGUAUUUUCAACAUCUGAAAAUUUAAAACCAGAAUUAUCACCUACUGAAAAUUUAAAACAAGAUUUCACAACAGAAUUUUCACUUUUUGAGAAUAAACAAGAAAAUGGACUUGAAGAAAAUCUACAAUUGUCUGGGGACAACGGAAAUAAAAUUGUUUACUAUCAUCAAACAUUUUCUCAAAGUUCUAAAAGUAAUAUGCAUAAAAAUGUUCAUUCUGAAGAUAAGCCAUAUAAGUGUGAGGUCUGUCUUAAAAGGUUUUCUCAAAGUUCUCAUUUAAGAGUACAUAAAAAAGUUCAUUCAGGAGAAAGGCCACAUGAAUGUGAUGUUUGUUAUAAAAGGUUUUCUAUAAGUUCUAAUUUAAGAAAACAUAAAAAAGUUCAUUCAGGAGAUAAACCACAUGAAUGUGAUGUUUGUCAUAAAAGAUUUACUCGAAGUUGUACCUUAGGUAAACAUAAAAAGAUUCAUUCAGGAGUAAGGCCACAUGAAUGUGGUGUUUGUCAUAAAAUCUUUGUGGAGAAGAAAGAUCUAUUACAACAUAAAAUUAUUCAUUCUGCACAUAAACCACAUGAAUGUGAUGUUUGUCAUAAAAGGUUUUCUCAUGGUUUUCAUUUAAGAGAACAUAAAAUGGUUCAUUCAGGAGAAAGGCCACAUGAAUGUGAUGUUUGUCAUAAAAGAUUUUCUAGUUCUCAGUUAAGGGCACAUAAAAGGACUCAUUCAGGAGAUAAACCACAUGAAUGUGAUGUUUGUCAUAAAAGGUUUUCUAGAAAUUGUGAAUUAAAAAUACAUAAAAAUGUUCAUUCUGGAGAUAAGCCAUAUGAAUGUGAUGUUUGUCAUAAAAAGUUUGGUCGGAAGACACAUCUAUUACGACACAAAAAUGUUCAUCCUGGAGAUAAGCCAUUUGAAUGUGAUGUUUGUCAUAGAAGAUUUUCUCAAAAUUGUAAUUUAAAAGAACAUACAAAAGUUCAUUCAGGAGAAAAGGCACAUGAAUGUGAUGUUUGUCAUAAAAGGUUUUCUAAAAAUUCUGAUUUAAAAAGACAUAAAAAUGUUCAUUCUGGAGAUAAGCCACAUGAAUGUGAUGUUUGUCAUAAAAGGUUUUCUCAAAGUUCUGGUUUAAGUUAUCACAAAUAUGUUCAUUCUGGAGAUAAGCCAUAUGAAUGUGAUGUUUGUCAUAAAAGGUUUACUCGAAGUUCUAACUUAGGUAAACAUAAAAAGAUUCAUAAAUGAUUUACUCAGAAUAGUUUAAAUACACAUAAAAAACUUUUUUUGGCCGUAAAUGGUUUUCUCAACGUUUUUAAUUAAGUGCACAUGAAAACGUUCAUUCAUGAGGCAAGCUAUAUGAAAGUGGUAUAUGUCAUUAAAGGUUUUCUAGAAGUUGUAGUCUAAAUGAUGUUUUACACAAAUGAUUUUCUCAAAUUUAAAUACUCUUAAAAAAUUCAUUCUAUAUGUAAGACAGAGGAAUGUGAUGUUGGUAAGGAAAUGUUUUCUUUUAAAUUUACUUUAUAUAGUCAAAGAAAUUCAUCAUGACUUAAAACCAAUUUAAAGUCAUUUUUUAUUAUUAUUAUUGUAACCCUCACUCAGGGGGGAUGCUUUUACCCACUGAGGUAUUGUGGUUAAGACGGGCUGACCCUGAGAUUAAGUACACACUGACACCGACAGUUGUUGUCAAGUACUCGCUUUAUUUACAGCAUCGAGCCAUGACGGCGAUGCAACACAGUAGUACAAAACAAACUAGCCAAGAAGAAAGAUCCAAAAAAUCCAAACAAUCCAAAAACCAAAAGCUGUAGCCCUAAAACAAAUGUAAAUAAAAAAAGUUACAUUCCUGACAACACCAUGUGUAGGCUACAAUAUACACGGGUAUAAUAAAAUAUGUUUUGGCCAGUACACAGUGCUGCCAACAAGUACCAAUAAGUAGUACUACAAAUAACUAGUGUGCACAUGCAGCACUAGCAGGAAUACACAAAUAAGUACUUUAACAAACAUAAUUUAUAUAACUACCUUCAUUAGGUCUAUACCUUGGUCACCAUGUCCACAGACAGCAGCCUUGCGUGUGCGACACGGCUGGGCAUGAAACUACCCACAGUCCCAUGUCACAUGACAUGGAACACAGGUAACAUCGCUCACAAAAGCAUAAAAAAACAGCGUCAACAGUUCAGUUGCAGUCCCACAGGGGCCGCAACCCAAUGAAUAAAAACUUCAUAUUUUUAUCCCCCUUGGCUGGUAACCAUAUGUGUUACAAUUAUUAUUAAAUUUCUUAUAAUUUUUCUCUGCACAUAACUUCCAAUAGUGGCCCAUAGUUAAUAAAUAUUUAUGUUAUAAAAAGGUUCUUUUGUCAAAGAGUAUACCUCGUCAAUUAUUAUACAUACUCUAAAAAGAAAUUGUAUUCUGACUGUAAAAGGAAAUAGCAUCCUAUUGUCAGCUGCAUGUGUACAUUUUUUUCUUUAUGUAUUCGGCUUCUUUCUGUGUUAUUUGUAAAUAUGUAUGAUAGGAGAAGUAAGCUAUAACUUUAGGGAGCCAGGAUUUUAUUUUUAUACCGGCAUGGUCUUGUUCAGGCAACACAGUUAAUUUGCCUGUUUCAGAUUAUAUAAAAUUGACAAUGCACAUUCAUUGGGAUAAGGAAGUUAGCCAAACCUGAUGAAACCAAUUACACAUUAACAAUAACAGAAGCUAACUAAAACAAAACACGCUGUUCAAGUUCAAUGUAUUAUUUACAUUUACUAGAUGUUUACAAUAUAUGUAGGCCCUACUGUUAAACAAUUCUCAUUUACACGACUUACAAACAGCUCAGUCAGCCAUUCAGCAACAUGACAAAAUAUCAGGUUGACAGGUAAAACAACCUCCAUUAGACAAGUACAAUGACAUCAGGCCAGCAGUCACAGUGGCAUCUGGCCAACAGGUACAGUGACAUCAAAACUUCUGAGCAGACAAAAUAUUUUUGUAAAAACUUUUUCAUCCUUCGCUAAAUGUCCUUAAUCAUUAUAUUUAGAGGUAUAGAAUCACAAAUCCUAUGACCAAACUCAACUGGAUGCAAUGUAUAACUCAAACAGACUAUAUGUUAAAACUUCCUCUCCCUCCCCACUAUUUACAUGUCUUAUGGAACUAACCCCCAGCUUCAUGUUGCUCCAACCAUUGCAAGGAUUAUGUUCACUUCCUUACUUUUGCUAAAUGUUGUUUUUUUUUAAAUUUUAUUUAAAUGCAAUUGUAACCUGUUAUAUGUAAUUUUAUCUUUCUUCACACCUUCUCAAUAUGAACUUUAUGCCAAAUCUCAGACUCCUCUUUGCAUGCUAUGUGAUUGAAAAGAGUAUAAAAUAAUUUUCUUCACAUAUUCAUUUAGGCUAUACAAUUUAAAGAUUAACCGCACAUUUUAAUGUCGUAAAUUAACAUUUAAAUUUUUACAAAAACAGCAAAAAUUAAGAACUUGAAGAAAAGAAAGACUUAAGCUGCAAUCGUUACAUUUUGGUAUCUUAGUUUUAACAUAAUGUAAUUUUUGACUAGUUGUUAUUUAAUUUUAUAUUGCUUACUAUUAAAAAAAUAGCCUUGUAAUGUAAAUUCUAAUGUAGUGAAUUAUUAGAAAUUGUAACGUGAAAAUUUUAAGAAAUAAAAUGGCUAAAGUGAGUGUCAAAUUUUAUUAUUAUUGUUUUUCUAACAACACUUUCUGUAUGUAAAUUCCAAGGAGGCCAAUCUGUUUUGAAUGCUGGGGUGUAUUUUACUCUCUUGUGA